GAUGCUAACUUGAAAUAAAGUAAGUUCCAAAGCGCGCAUUGUGUCUCCUAAUUUUGAUUCAAUAGAUGUCUACGGAGUUUAAAAGCUUUCUGUGCGUUACAGACAGAAAUGUUGGCUGUUUCUUCAAUUAGAUAAACAUGCGGCUACUCAUCCAGAUCACUGUCACGGUUGUAUGUUGUGUCAAAGCUGAGAUAGCCGUUGACCUAGUCGUCGACUUCCUGGUGGAUAGAAAUCUUAGCUUCGUGGUUUUGUUCCCUUGCUCUGACACAGAUUAUUAUACAUGGCUGAAAUAUUCAUCGGAUCAAGCUGAUUAUGGCUUCUUAACUUUGGAUGGCUCAACAAUCACUAGAAAAGACAAACAUGAUGGUCAAGACAUGACCAGUGUAGAAAUACAUUCAUCCAGCAUUCAAACAGGGAUAGUCGUUGAUUCAAAUUGUGCUAAAAACGUAGAAGUGCUUAACAUGGUACCAAGAGACCUCCUCUUUAGCUCGAAAUAUCACUGGCUCAUUUUGAGUGACUCAGAGAUCGGGGGUGUUCUCAACAUCGAUGAUUAUAAACCUCUGGCAUCGAUGCCUCUCACCCUCGAAAGUGACGUCACCAUCGCAACCGGGCACGAAGACACCUCGAGGAACCUGACGGAUGUUUUUCGAUUCGACCCUAAUGGGGGUAUAAACGCCACCCUUGCUGGCUCUUGGCAGAGGGGAUCAGGGAUCCAAUGGUUUUGGACGCAAACAAGACGCGACAGAAGACUCAAUAUGCACGGCUUGGAAAUAACUUCUGGAAUAGUGUUUGUCAAAGUAUCCAACAUGACAACAACUGAUCCAGAAUUGUGGUUGAAUCCGAAUUACAUGAAAGGUAUUGAAGGACUUUCAAGACACGCGUACGAGUUAUGGACUUAUCUUUCGGAUCUUCAUAAUUUCAAGAUCAAAAUUGUCGCAAUAGUGGAUUCUUACGGAAUAUCAAAUGGCACCUCCUUCGACGGGCUCAUAGGGCUUCUACAGCGGGAAGAAGCGGAAGUUAGUAUCAUAGCUAUCGUCAUGACUGAGGAGAGAAUGUACGCCGUCGAUUACGUCAGGGUUCCCAGGAGUUUUUGGGGCUGGAGGCCGAUGUUCGUGUUUUUACAUCCUAAAACCAGCUCGAAGAUAACGGCUUUAGUCGAUGCGGUUUCAACGAAUGCGUGGAUUGGCAUAGGCUGUAUGGCACUUCUUCUUUAUUUAGCCCUAAGCGCCUCCUACAAUGUUUCGCACAACCUUCUCGAGAGAGUAUCGUUAGCCUUCACGUUCACAGCUGCAGUGGUCGCACAACAAGGCCUUUCUCAACUGUGUAGAGAUGCGAAUAGACUAUCGGUGCGAAUAGUUAUUGUGAGUGCCUUGAUUUUCGGCUUUAUUUUGCUGUUUUUCUACAAUGCAACCAUUUUGACAUUCCUGUUGUCAUUGCCAACGAAAACGAUUCGCACAAUGCGUCAAUUAAUCGACAGUAAUUUGCUGAUUGUUUCUGAAAAUGCCGUCCAAUACAUAGACUUAAACCUGAAGCUGAAUGUAUCGAAUGUAAAAGAAGUUUUUACGAAGAAAAUCAGGAGCCGAGACCAUUUCGUACCAUUUGCGACUGGGAUCAGUAAAAUGAGGAAAGAGCAGUACGCGUUCAUGAGCGACGAUCAGAAAAUAUUUCGGCACUUGCAAGAAAAUUUAACCGAUACGGAGAGAUGCGCCGCUCAAGUCAUAGAUUUGCUGCCCGCCAAGUUCCCGUUCUCGAUACCAAUCCGAAAAGAAUCGGCGUACGGCGAGAUGCUUGCUAGAGGGUUCCUUCUUCUGCUGGAGAGAGGGAUAGUUGACAGGGUGGACCGUAGAUGGACGUACGGACAGCCCGAGUGCAUCAUGAGUGACUUCAUGCCGGUCGAGAUAGACGAUGUCUUCUUCGCAUUCCUCGUCAUUCUCGCAGGAACCCUCACGUCCGCCAUUUUGUUUUUCACCGAGAUUAUCAGUGUUCAAAGCCUCUCUCUUUUAAGCGAUAAGUCGAAGCGUUAACGUGUUGAGCGGUUCCCUCCGGUCCAAGAAGAUGACAUUAAGCCGAAGCAGAUCUGUGCAUCUUGCAUUUCAAAAUUAAAUCUUUACUCAGGGCUCAUAGACUCAUGCAUAGCAGCUGACCAGAAAUUUGAGGUAUUGAUCCAA